AUGGCUGGCACAAAGAAGAAGUAUGCCCUCAUUGGGACGGGCGGUCGCGCCAUCUUCUUCUACAGCGCUAUCGCCAAAGAUUAUAGCGCAACAUCCUGUAUUGUAGCUAUAGCCGACACAAAUCAAACCCGGAUGAACUUUGCCAACACCAAGCUCGAAACUAUGGGUCACGAGAAAGUUCCGACGUAUCCCGCCUCCGACUUCGACAAGAUGAUCGCUGAGACCAAGCCGGACGAGGUCAUCAUCACGACCAUCGACCGCACGCACAACCAGUACAUCGUCCGAGCGCUGGAGCUGGGCUGCAACGUGAUCACGGAGAAACCGAUGACCAUCGAUGCGCCGCGGUGCGUGUCCAUCUUCGACGCCGUGCAGCGGACGGGCAACCAGGUGCGCGUGACCUUCAACUACCGGUACGCGCCGCACAACACCAAGGUCUUCGAGCUGCUGCGCAGCGGCGCCAUCGGGACCGUUACCAGUGUGCACUUCGAGUGGCUGCUCAACACGUCGCACGGCGCCGACUACUUCCGCCGCUGGCACCGCGACAAGCGCAACAGCGGCGGCUUGCUCGUCCAUAAGAGCACUCACCACUUCGACCUCGUCAACUUCUGGCUGCAGACCCGCCCGGCCACCGUCUACGCCCAGGGCGACCUCAAGUUCUACGGCCGGGAGAAUGCCGAGGGCCGCGGUGUCACCGAGUUCUACACCCGCGCCCGAGGGAGCAACGUCGCGAAGCAGGACCCCUUUGCUCUGCACCUGGACGAGAAUGAGCAGUUGAAGGCGAUGUAUGCCGAUGCUGAGCAUGAGGAUGCAUACUACAGGGACCAGAGUGUGUUCGGUGAUGGUAUCAGUAUCGAGGAUACCAUGAACCUGCUUAUUCGCUAUAAAAACGGGGCCGUCAUGACAUAUUCGCUGACGGCCUAUGCGCCCUGGGAAGGGUUCCGCGUCAAUUUCAACGGGACGGGCGGACGGCUCGAGUUGGAGGUGGUGGAGAACAGCUACGUGAACUCGGGCGGCGACCAGGCCAAGGAGGGUUCCAUUGAGAAGACCUCGUUGGUGCUUCGGCCCUUGUUCGAGAAGCCACAGGAAAUCGAGAUUCCCGCCGGCGUCGGUGCUCAUGGAGGCGGCGACACCGUCCUGCUGAAUGACCUGUUUGGCGAGCCUGUGACAGACGAGUAUAUGCGCGCGGCGAGUCAUGUAGAUGGUGCGCUUUCCAUUCUUACUGGUAUCGCUGGCAACAAGUCUAUGGCAACUGGACAAGUGGUAAAUGUUGAUGAUAUCUUGAACAUCCCAUGA